CUCAAUCCCUACUUGCGCGCCUUCUUUCGCAGUGCGUUGCCCACCCAGUGCCAACCACCAAGUCAUCAUGUCCUCCUUGUUCCCACCACCGAAGUUCUGCUCCGCUCCAAGGACCGCGACACCAACACUACAUAUGCUGAUCUUGCUGGAACCGAGGAGUUCCUGGCGAGCCAUGUGCUGAGAGUACCGGGCGGUGUUCCUUCUUUGGGUGGAUCUGGGAAAGAUGGAGGAAAUGUUCGGGAAAAUAAGAGCAAGGCGAAGCAAUACUCCACCAUCAAUGGCCGGACUGUGGUGGUCAAGGACUCUUUUGUCUACAGCAACAAGGGCUUCAAGACUCUGAAUCAGGCGCAACUUCUCGUCGAUACUGUUUAUUAUCCGGACGCGGCAGAUAAUCAGCAGUGGUUGAUCUAUUACAUCUCGCGACCUCUUAUCGGUGUUUACCAAGCGAAUCCCAUCAUACCAGCUGUCAUCAGUGACGAGCCUAGCAAAGAGCGGAAGAAAUUGCUGGCGGAGGCUUCGAGCGAUGCGGCGUCAAUCACGGCGACGGGUCCACCUCCACCUAAGAAGAAGGAAGUGAAAACGUUUGGAGACCUUCUGGCUCAAUUCCCUAUGAUAUCGCGGCAGAUGCAGCAUGGACUGGAACAGUCAAGACGAUGCUCGAUGAGCUCUCAGCUUUCUGGGCCUUCAAUCAGCGACUCGGUUUCUUCGUUGAAGUCGUCGGUGUCCGGGACGAGUACGAUUCAUCCAACGGCAUUGGAGCUGGAGCCUGAAGAGCAAUCGUUACGGACGUCGCUGGAGACUGCAAUAAUCACGGCUAUCGACCUCUUUCAGAAUGUCGACAAGCAGCAGCUCUCGCUCCUUGGAGCCAACACCGAGCUUACUGGGCCGGCAGUUGAGCGUUUGAUCGAGCGCUAUGUGACCGAGCAGGUCCAUGACCAGACUCUAUUUCCACGAGUGCGUGCGAUGCGAAGGCUGGACGAUCACGACUUGGAAUCCAAAAUCCGCAAGAUGGUUGACAUUGAUAUCGCGCAGGUUGGAGUGCCGAUCCCGGACGGCAUGCGAGGCAAACGUGCCUUGGCAGCGCGGCUUGCAAGAGGCGUUCACGUUUUCAAGAAAAUGGGCGUCGCGGCCAGCCCACAGGAGAUGUUGGACAUUUUGCUGAGCACCCAGAAGGCCAUCACCGCCGCUGACAAUCUCAAAGAUGGUGAUGGAAACGACUCGUCGGGACACCCGGAGGUGUCUCCAUUGACGAUCAACGCCGAUGUCUUAGUGUCAAUGCUGCUGGUUGUUGUCAUACGCAGCGGCGUGAGACACUUGCACUCAAGGCUGCUCUACAUGCGCUAUUUUAUCUUCAUUGAUGAAGUUGAAAGUGGCGAACAAGGCUAUGCUCUGGCGACAUUGGAGGCAGUCUUGGCUCACUUGUCGGGUGGCUCAAGCGCUCUUCGCAAAACAAGCAGGCGGAACAGGCUUUUGUGGCAGGCGGUCAAGACUGGAGAUGUACGAACUGUCGAAGAGAUCUUACAGCCUCGCAUACUGUCGGGUGAGGACUCGACCUUGGCCAGAUCGCCCGUGACGUCGGAUCUUGAGGCCUCCGACGAGGAAGAUAUCUCGGGCGACAUCUCGAGCCUGGACGGUGCAGAUCGUGAGGGCGAAGCCUCCAAUACCGCGAUCAUGACCGACUUUGCUGCUGUCAACGGCUCGCUACAGCACGUCUUUCCCUUUCAAAGGCCGCCCACGCCACUACCAGAUAAUGUGGAGCGAAAGGUGACCAAACACGUGUCGCUAGCCUCCUUACCUCGGAGCCUUUCGGUAUCUUCAGCGUACUCUUCCAGAUCUCAUUCUCGUAAUAAGAGCAUGGAUUCAGAGACGAGUACUGGGAUGGGGGGUGAUCUGUCCACAGCAACGCUUUCGCAGACGCAGGACUCUGAGGGCAGCUCCCUCUUGAUGAUGGCUGUCGAUGCUGGAGCAACAGCUACCUUGAAGCUCCUCCUCAACAUGCCAGCACAUUUCCGCGCUUCAUUCGUUCUUGAAGAUGCGAACAUGGAUGGCGCAACGCUGCUCUCUGCUGCCGUGCAGUCCGGCAAUCGCGCAAUCACCGAUGAGCUUAUCAAUUUCCUGGAGAGGAACGCCUCAGCAGACGAGUUGCGGCACUACCUUGCCAUUGAGGAUAACAAAGGAAGAUGCUUCGCGCAUUACCUGUUCCACCAGCCUCAUCUGAUACGCAAAUUUGGAAAGAAGCUUCCUUGGCGGUUAAAGGAUAAGAAUGGACAAACGCCACUGUUCGCGCUGUGCAGAUCCUAUGACCACGAGCAGUACCACGCAAUGAUUGAGGAGGCCUUGGCUUUAGCGACCGAGACGCAAGGCGACGGUGAGCCACUGCAUCUGGAUGAUCACGUCGACGCCAAAGGCAACACGCUUCUGCACAUCACCAACGAUAUGGCCUUGAGUCUGAAGCUGCUACGACACUCCGACGCAGAUGUAAAUGCUGUCAACGAUAAGCGAUUCACGCCUUUGAUGGUUGGAAGCAAGUAUGGCCGCAUUGACCUCGUUCGAACGCUAUUUGGCGAUCCGAGAGUAGACAUGACGCUGAAAGAUCUCCGUGGAUUGACUGCAGUUGAGCUUGCGAAGGACGACGACGUUCGCAAUCGCAUCGAUGAUCUCGUCCUGCUCUCUUCUCCGCCGGGCAAGGACGGCCGAAUGACGACUGUGGUGCGCUCCCUUUUCGUCGAGGAUGCCACCAUCCGACUUGUUCUGAAGUCUGGAGCUCCCAACUCUGGCGGCACCAUCACCGUCACGACUUGCAGACGCUCGGUGAGCGACUUCGAAAAUCUGUCCAAAUGGCUGUCGAUUGAAUGUCCUGCGAGUUGGCUUCCAACGAAUUUCGACCUGCCUUCACCAUUUCUGCUCCCGUCGCGACCAUCGCGAACUGUGUUGAGGGACACCCAGAUCAGAAUGGACAACUUCUUCCGCAACUUGCUCACGCAUGGGACAUUCUCGACCCAUGAAUUGGUAUGGGAAUUCUUUCUCGUCCCAGAGCUUGAUAUCGAGAUGCUCGCAGAACGGACCAAGCGCAAAGCCGAGGCACGUGUCGAAAACAUUAGAGACGACUUCGAGCCCAUUACGGACACUCAAGGCGUGCAAAACUUUGUCGUCUUCGCGCGAGAGCAGGUCCGCGGUGUCACGCAAGCGACGAAGAAGGCCAUUCGCUUGACGAAUAGGCAGAGAAUGCUGUACAACGACUUUGCGGAAGCACAAAUGUUGUCUUCAAGUGCUCUCUCAACUGUGGCCUUCCUGCCGCAGGAAUACACGAAAGCAUUCGAGCGAUAUUCAAAGGCAUUACAAUCGAGCGAAGCCUCGCCGUUGAGCGGACUUUACUACGCUCUCCACUCCAUUCAUUCAUCCAGCUCGGCCAUUCAAGUCGCGACAAAUAGACCCACCUACCUCAUCGGUAGCAUGGCACAAGCGCAGCGAGCAAUCGACCGAAGCAAAAGCUCCAUCUCCCGCUCCAACCGCUGGACACCCAGCAUUGGACUGUUCGAAGAUGCAAAGCGUGCUGUGGCGAUGGAAGCUUGGGACAAAGCGGCCAAGGCUAGAGGCGAGCUGGAGACGCUCGGCUGUGAACUGAGCUAUACUCAGCAGACUAUUGCGGGUGAGCUUGCGGCGUGGCAGGACGAACAUGUAAGAAGUGGACGGGCGAUGGUGAAGAGGUUGGCGAAAGAGUCGAUUGUACGAGAGAGGGCGAGAUUGGAGGGCAUGAAGAGGGCUCUGAGA